CAAUUAAUUUGUGUUCUGUGGUAAUAACAGCAGUGAAGAACAAGAAACGUUUUAAAAUAAACAAUUAGUAUUUCUUACAUUCUCCGGUAUAAAUUUUUAGUUUUGACCAAUAAAUGUAGUUAAUAAUUGGUCACCAUAGUUAAGAAUAAGUGGCUCUUUUCCGUUGUUGUGAUAACUAUGUCGGGAGAAGCAGUGGUUGAUGCAUUGCCAUACAUCGACCAGGGUUAUGAUGAUCCUGGGGUUAGAGAAGCGGCAUUGGCUAUGGUCGAAGAGGAAUGUCGGAGAUAUAGGCCUACUAAAAAUUAUUUAGAAAAUUCUGGCCCUGAACCGAGUACAGCCUUCGAAACACCUGCUUUGCACAGAGAAAUGGAAAGAGUUCAGCAACGAUUGCCAAUGGAACCAUUAUCUAUGAAAAGGUAUGAAUUACCACCCCCACCAACAGGAAGACUAGGGGAACCUACAGCUUGGACAGAAGCAGUUGACAAUUCACAUGCCCAGCUUUCUCACCAAGCUAUAAGAGUCUUAAACUUAGAGCUGCAAUUACAGUACAGUUCAGAAGCUUGGAGAUCAUACCUUAAUGUUUUGCAAGCUUUGGUUGAACGUUCACAGAAUGUUCAUGCACAAUUAAGAAAGCAAAUUGCUGCAGUAAACUGGGAGCGUAAACGUUCUCAAACAGCAAGUGGUGCCAGACUAAGAGCUCUUCGUCGUCGCUGGGCACAACUUGUAUCUGAUAAUUAUCGGUUGGAAAGAGCUAUAAUGCAGCUGGAAAUACAGCUCGAGAAAGCAAAAGGGCAAGUUUCUAGUGAUGGUGGCGAAACUCCAGACAUGGAUCUUGAAGCAGUCAAAAACCUUCCAGACAAAUUCAACUCUGAUACUGAAAAAGAAGUUCAAAAAAAAAUAGAAGAUAUGUUUGCAGACUAACCCAUGGCACUUAAUUAUAAAUAAAUAAGAUUUUAAACAUAAA